GUGGAUCACGUGACAUCAUCAUAAGAUUCAGUUUAAUAUGGGAAGCAGCCACCGAGGCCAAAGUCGGUGUAAAUAGUAGCAACAACUCGGUGGUUCUCGUUGAUCUCUGCGUUUGUGUUGAAUUAUAACAUAGUCAGUGGUCAAGUUGGACUGUUAUAGCGCCCAGAAACUGUUUAUUUGUUUGUUAUUUGUCUGUUGUUCUCUGUAUAAUCUCAAGAUGUCGGUACCGCCUGCUGGAUCAUCGCCCCCCACACCCCCGGCAACCACCCCGGAUCUCCGCCUGAUCCACUUCAACGACGUCUACCACAUCGCGCCGCAAUUCCCGAAAUCAGACGUGCCAGGCGGCGCGGCGCGGUUCGUGAGCCUGGUGAAGGAGUACCGCAGCGGCAAGAGCUUCCGCGAGCAGCCGGAGCUGGUCACGGUCUUCUCCGGAGAUGCGUUUAAUCCGUCGCUCGAGUCGUCCGUCACGCGGGGGACGCAUAUGGUUGGUGUUUUGAAUUCAGGGAAUAUUGGCGUUGACGUAGCUGUUUAUGGAAACCACGACUUUGACUUUGGCGUCGAGCAGCUGAUCAAGCUCAAGAGCGACUGCGACUUUCCGUGGAUGAUGUCGAACGUUUUUCACAACGGCAAGACCUUUGCCGAGGGGGAAGAGUACGUCGUCAAGGACGUGUCUGGGGUUCGGAUCGGGUUUGUCGGAUUGGUUGAAAGGGAAUGGCUGGAGACUAUCGUCUCGCUACCUGAAGGAAUUGAAUAUAAACCAUGUGCAGAGAUUGCCAUCACGUUGUCAAAGCUGCUGCGCGAGCAGGAGCACUGCGAUCUAGUGAUUGCCGUGACGCACAUGCGCGAGCCCAACGAUAUCGAUCUGGCAAACAGUGUUCCCGAGGGAACUUUAGACCUCAUCCUCGGCGGCCACGAUCACAUCUACAACCACAUCACCGUCAACAACACGCCCGUCAUCCGCAGCGGCUCCGAUUUCCGCCAACUGAGCUACCUGCAGGGCUUCAAGCGCGACGACGGGAAAUGGACAUGGACAGUCACGCGACGGGACUUGACGAAAGAGAUUGAGGAAGACGCCGAGACCGAGAAGUUGGUCGAGGGGAUCUCGGGCGAGCUUAAUCGGAGGCUGGAUAACACGGUAGGGUACACGGAUGUCGAGCUCGACGCUAGUUUCCAAACCGUGCGGUCGGCGGAGAGUAAUAUUGCAAACUUUGUCGCGGAUGUGCUGAGGAUGUGGUACGGGGCCGAGAUAUCUUUGCUGGCUGGGGGUACUCUACGAUCGGACACAGUGUAUCCGCCAGGACCGCUUCGGAUGAAAGAUAUCGUGCUGACGUUUCCAUUCGAAGAUCCCUGCGUAGUAAUCACCGUCUCCGGCAAAGAAGUUCUCGACGCGCUCGAAAACGGUGUCUCCAAACUCCCCGCUCUGGAAGGCCGAUUCAUCCAAGUCUCUGGGCUGCGAUAUACCUACUGUCUCGACACCGAGCCGCGGAUAAAGUCCGUCGAGAUCAAUAACGAGCCGCUCGACCUCGAGCGCAUGUAUAGCUGCGCCACGCUCGGGUACAUGGCGAACGGGUAUGAUGGGUUUGCGUCUUUACAGGUUCCGGCUGAGCGGCAGCUGGUGGAUGAGGAGCAAGGGUUGCUGCCGUUGCAGAUGCUGCGGAUGUGGUUUACGUCGCUGCGGUUUAUUCACAGGAUGCGGAGUAAGAAGAAAGGCGAGGAGGAGGGAGAUGGCAAGAGAGCGGUGGGAGAGGUGAGCGGUAGUGAUGCUGUUGAACCGCUUGCGAAGGUUGCGCGCAGUAGCAGCGAUGGUCUGCCUUUAGAGCGGCAUCAGGACGGUAGAGAGGUUGAGGAAGAGGACGAGACAGGGUCGAGCAGGCCCGGAUCAAGAGAAGGAACGCCGCGACCGGGAAGGAAAGAGCACAUUGGGCUUGACAUUCUGCACAAGCGAGACACGGCGAUUGAGCAGAAAGUGCUAGAUCUGUGGCAGAAUAAGGGGGUGCAUAUCAGUCGCGGCAGCGCGAUCGCGCCAAAGGUCGAGGGGCGGAUCGUGAAGGUUGAUAGGGAGGGGGUGGUUCUUGUCGACUAGAGGUUGUUUAUAGGUGGGUUGGCGAGGGAUAGGCGUUACGGUUCACUCUUGACUGUAGAUUUAUACAACACUGUAGUUCUAUAGAAUUUGCGCUGUUUUACUCUACUUUUACGAGAUUAUUCGGGGUACCGGUAGAUUGAUGAGAUUUUUAGUUGCUGACGUAGAUAUGUCUAGCAUUAUAUGAGCGCAUUUUUUAUCUUAUAUUUUUUUAAAAUUACCGUAUCUUCAUAGUACUUUCUUGAUAAAUAGUAUUAGCGUAUCAGAGGUUUCUUGCUACAGUAAAAUAUCAGAGAGAAUUACGAAACGG